UUACAGUCGCUGUCUUUGCGCAUGCGCAACUAGAACUGUUUGUAGUUUUUUGGUUUCGUAAACAUGCAAGGAGAACUACAUUUCCCGUCAGCCGGUGCUCGAGCUGUUUCCGUUUUGAUUGGCUGAUUCCGAAGGUGAAAGUUGAACAGACAUGUUUUUCAAGCCCGCACGGAGACGCGCUCAGCAGCUAUAUUUGGCUGUGUUGGAUAAGACCUGCAGGAUCACAAUGACAGAUGCAUGAUAGCACCUCUUAGGGAGGUCACAUUAAAGACUGCCAUUUGUUUUGGUUUAGUAUGUUUAUGAUCCAAGCGACGCGAUAAACCAGCAUUAAGCAUGGCAGCGCUACUUUUGCAGCGUGGAAGCAAAUGUUGCGACAAACGGGUUUGGUCGCUAUAUUCUCGUUUCAGCUGUUUUCAAACCUACAAAAAACUCCUGGAGAGCAGUGUGACUUCAUACUUGCCUUUAGUGACUCCUAACAAACGAGGUCUAAAAUCAGGACAUGUUCAGAACAUUUUGACAAGGCCUUUAAUCCCGAGGCUUAUUGGACUUGAGUUCCACUGUCGCCACAAAUUGGUCACAAAUCCUGUGAAACUUUGGAAACUAUUAGGCACUACUCACUAUUUCAGCACAUCCAACCGAAGACAUGAAAAGAAAGAAGGUGAAAAAGGGAAGACCCCAGAGGAGGAUGAAGAAGAGAAAAAGAGACGAGAGCAGGAGGACCAGAUGUAUAGGGAACGACUGCGCACACUCUUUAUUAUCGCUGUCAUCAUGAGCUUGCUCAACUCCAUCAACACCAGUGGGGGGAACAUAUCCUGGAAUGAUUUCGUAAAUGAAAUGUUGGCCAAAGGGGAGGUGUCACGAGUACAGGUGGUACCAGAGAGUGACAUUGUAGAGAUCUACCUUCACCCUGGCGCAGUCAUCUUCGGCAGACCUAGACUUGCCCUGAUGUAUCGAAUGCAGGUGGCCAAUAUCGACAAGUUUGAGGAGAAGCUUAGAGCAGCAGAGGAAGAGCUGAAUAUAGAUACCAGAGACAGAAUACCAGUGACCUACAAGCGCACAGGCUUCUUUGGGAAUGCUCUUUAUGCCCUCGGUAUGGCUGCCAUUGGGGUUGCAAUUCUCUGGUACAUCUUCCGUCUGGCAGGAAUGGGUGGGAGAGAUGGCGGCUUUAGUGCUUUUAAUCAAUUAAAAAUGGCUAAAUUCACUAUUGUCGAUGGGAAAUCUGGGAAAGGUGUAAGCUUCAAAGAUGUUGCGGGAAUGCACGAGGCCAAGAUGGAAGUCAAAGAGUUUGUGGACUAUCUAAAGAAUCCAGAUAGAUACCUUCAGCUUGGGGCCAAGGUACCUAAGGGCUCUCUGCUCCUGGGGCCCCCUGGCUGUGGUAAAACUCUGCUGGCUAAGGCAGUGGCAACAGAAGCUCAGGUGCCCUUCCUUGCCAUGGCAGGUUCAGAGUUUGUGGAGGUGAUCGGAGGCCUUGGUGCUGCAAGAGUGCGAAGUCUUUUCAAAGAGGCUCGUGCUCGAGCGCCAUGCAUCGUCUACAUCGAUGAGAUUGAUGCUGUGGGGAAGAAACGCUCCACAAACAUGUCUGGUUUCUCAAACACAGAGGAAGAGCAGACCCUUAACCAGCUGCUUGUGGAGAUGGAUGGAAUGGGUACCACAGAUCAUGUGAUUGUCCUGGCCUCCACUAACCGGGCAGACAUUCUGGACAAUGCACUUAUGAGACCAGGCAGACUUGAUAGACACAUAUUUAUAGACCUGCCAACUCUUCAGGAGAGAAAGGAAAUCUUUGAGCAGCACCUGAAGAUCCUGAAGCUUACUCAGCCGGCAAACUUCUACUCUCUGCGUCUGGCAGAGUUGACACCAGGCUUCAGUGGGGCUGACAUCGCCAACAUCUGCAAUGAAGCCGCCCUUCAUGCUGCCAGAGAGGGCUACAAGUCUAUUGACACCUUUAACUUUGAAUAUGCUGUGGAGAGAGUCAUCGCAGGGAGUGUGAAGAAGAGUAAAAUCUUAUCUAAAGAAGAGCAGAGGGUGGUGGCUUUUCAUGAGUCUGGUCAUGCUUUAGUGGGAUGGCUGCUAGAACACACAGAAGCUGUCAUGAAGGUUUCAAUUGCUCCCAGAACAAAUGCUGCUUUGGGCUUUGCUCAGAUCCUGCCAAAGGAUCAGUAUUUAUUUACUAAAGAGCAGCUGUUUGAGAGGAUGUGUAUGGCUUUGGGUGGACGAGCCUCUGAAGCCAUCACCUUCAAUAAGGUCACCACAGGUGCUCAGGAUGACCUGAGGAAGGUGACCCGCGUGGCCUACUCCAUGGUGAAGCAGUAUGGCAUGGUUGCCAGUGUGGGCCAGGUGUCCUUCCCUGACUCCGAGGAUCAGGGCGGUAUUGGACGCAGACCAUUCAGCCAAGGACUCCAACAGCAUAUGGACCAUGAAGCUAAGAUGCUAAUAGCAAAGGCCUACAGGCACACAGAGAAAUUGCUCUUGGACAACAGAGACAAACUUAUUUUGCUGGCUAAUACCCUGCUGGAGAGAGAGGUGGUCAACUAUGAUGACAUUGAGGCUUUGCUGGGACCUCCUCCGUUUGGACCCAAAAAGAUGAUUGCCCCUCAAAGCUGGGUGGAGGCUGAAAGAGACAAGCAGGACACUGGUGAAGAUGAGCCACGCAGACCCCAGAGACCCCUCCGCAAAGACAAAGAUGAUGACAUCAACCUGAGUCCAGCGUGAGCUCCACAACACGCGCAGUCACAUUCACAUGUGUAAACAGCCUUUAACGGGCACACGUGGAAGUUCAAGAGUGGAUCGGCUGCCUUUGAGAAUCAGUGUGAUUUUUUUUUU